AUGCCUGUUUUGGAUCCCAACAUAAGUGGACCUUUGAGUCUUAUUGCAAAAUUUUCACUUUUGAGGAUCACAAUUAACGAAUAUCACCUAAAUCUAAUACCUUUUGAAGAUGAAUUAUUAUCCUUGAAAUUAGAUAACACAUUUAAAGAUAUUUAUUUGGAUGAUGAUUAUACUUCAAUUUAUUACGUUGCGAGAGCGCUCAUGAAAUUACAGACGUCUUUUGGCCUAUUUCCAAGAAAAAUAGGCAAGGGAGAUUGUGCCAAGCAUCUUGCUGAUAUGCUCAUUCAUAUGCGUCGUGAGGUUGCUGUAGAUGAUCCAUCAUCUUCAUUAUCGAUCUCUCAAAGUGUAGAUCCACUUAUCAUCAUCGAUAGAUCGGUUGACCUCAUAACACCUUUAUGUACUCAAUUGACCUAUGAAGGAUUAUAUUUUGUAUCAAAGCUUCACAUGUGGAAGUGGAUUCUUCGAUCGUGGGACCUGCGCAAGCAACUACAAGUUACUAAAAGAAUAAACGAAGAUUAUGAGGAAAGACAUAAAGCUAAAACUGUAGUACAAAUUCGUGAAUUCAUCAAUAAAUUGGGAAGCCUACAAUUAGAACAUCAAUCUUUAAAAAUUCAUUUGGUAGCUGGUAUAGAUGUUAACAUACAAAAUGAACACAUAGAGGAAAUGAUCAAUCGACAGGUUCCACUUACUCAAUUUUUACGAUUAUUAUGUCUACAAAGUCUUGUAAAUGGUGGAUUGAAGCAAAAGAUUGAAGAACAUAAUCCUCAGGAUAUAGCAUAUGUAUAUUCUGGAUAUGCUCCUUUAAGCGUACGUUUGAUGCAAUACGCGACGACCAAGAGUGGAUCAUCUUCGACUGGUAAUGGAUGGAAGGGAUAUGAAGAGAUGUUUAGAUGUUGCCCAGGUAAAACUUUCGAUGAAGUACAGAGGAAAGAGGAAGGAGCAUACGUCCCAAAAUCUAAUUUUUAUCGGAUUAGGAAUGCACAAGAUGAUAGUAUAAUUUUUAGUUUCUCAUUGUUCGGAGGAAGCAGAGGAACUGCAUUUGGCUUCGGACAAUAG